GAGUUUCUCUCAUAAGGCGCCGUUGCCGUCCUCUUGGCCGUUGUUCUUCUUCCUCCUUCAACCCACACUCUUUCUUCUUGGCUCAAAUUCUGUUCAACUACAAAUCAAUUACUUGGUCAAUUGACUCACGCAUCAUUCACAAUGGCCCAGCAGUACUCUCAGGGACCUAAUGUCCAGAACCAGGAAUGGCAGAACAACCUCUGCAAUUGCUCGCCCUGCGACUCUUGCCUGCUCGGCACUUUCUGCCCCUGCAUCCUCUUGGGUAAAACCGCCGAUCGUAUGAGAGACCCUACUAUGCAGACUGCCGAUACCUGCAACAGCGAUGCUCUUAUAUUCUGCGCGAUCAACUGCGUGACUGGCUGUGGUUGGAUUUACUCCAUGAUGAAGCGUGGUGAAAUCCGGGAGCGAUUCGGCAUCAAGGGCAGUGGCAUGAACGACUGCUGCGUCAGUUACUGGUGCCUUUGCUGUGCUCUUAUCCAGCAGGACAACGAAGUCAAGUCUCGUCUUUCACAGGGGCCUAUCACCCAGGGCUACCAAGCUCAGAAGGAGGGUAUGCACAUGCCGACAUCUCCUCCUGCUCAGCAGCAGCAAUAUCAUGAUCAGAAGCCCAACCCUCAGCAGCAGGCCCCUCAUCCCGAUUAUCAGCUUCCUCAGCACGGUUACCAGUCUCCUCAGCCUCAGGGGUCCUACCCUCCACCUCAGCAGACUUACAACCCUCAGCAGCCCCAGUAUUAGGCCAUUCGACCAGGGAGUGUACAGCAAGACGGAGCCUCACACCGAUAUGGCACCACAAAAAGAAAGAAAUACAUGUGAAGGGGGCGAUCAGAGAAAUAUCUGGCAUGUGAAUUGACUUUGAGCGCGGACGGGUACGCGCCAACGGAUUAUACCUAUAUACCCAGUGACGAAGACGGUCAUUUCUUAUUUAUAUUAUAUUUAUUUCGAUGUAUUAUUUGCUUCAAUGAAUAAUCUACUGUUCACCUUUCAGUUACAUAUGAAAGCGUCACACUUCUUCUUCCAUUCUCUUUUGAAUUGCCUAGUUCGGCGAAGGAAAACGAAAUGGAGAAUCAGCAGAUAAUAUUAAUGAAACUCUAAAAAGAAAAAAAAAACCUUCAC